GUGCACCUCGAGCGAGCGUCUACAGGCUCUGCUGUCGGCUGCAGCUGCAGCACGCCUCGGCAUCCGCGCCCCGACACUCGCCGCCCAUCCAACGCCUCGUCCCUCGCGCGCCGUCCUCUACAACUCGGGCGCCGUCUACCUCGACUCGUGCGCCGUCUACAUCGACUCAGGCGCCUCGACUCGGACCUCGCGCGAUGGCGACCUCGCGCCUCGACCACGGCGACGAGACGCACUACGACACGCUCGAGCGCACCAUCGCGUCGCAGCAGUACGCGCUCGCGAUCCUUCUACCGUGCGCACUGGGCUGGGCAGGGCAGAUUUUGUUGGCUGGCGUCGUCGUUGCUCUCUUCGUGUCGUACCUGCACACCGAGAUGUACGAGCGCGACACGGGCGUGCGCAAGAUGCUCUUGUGGACAGUUGUUUCGGUCGCCGUCGUACAAGCAGGCAUGAAUAUCGCCUCCAUCUCGUAUUGGAUGGUUCGUCAAGAGCGCGAUGCCUUGAGCCUCAUCCACCCCACGGCGCUCGACGCCAUCCAGACGUUGUCGAUCCUCAUCAACGCGCCGCUCGUGCAAGGAUUCCUGACGAUGCGGGCUGCCCGGCUCGUCACCCUGCGCUGGGCAAGGCGCCUCAUCGUCGUCGCGUUUGGCAUCCUCAUCGUCCUCGAGAUCGGCGCCAUCCUCUUCUCGACGGUGCUCGGCAUCUUGUUCCACAAGAACGAGUUGUCGAGCGGGCUCCUCCAGGCGGCGACGUACGGCCUCAUCUCGGGCGUCUGGCUCGUCGUGGCCGCCGUCAUCGACGUCGCGAUCAGCGUCCUCCUCGUCCUCGUUCUUCGACGACGGAUAGCCGGCUUUAACGCGUCGACCGACGGUCGGCUUCGCGCCCUGUGUCGCCUGGCGCUGCAGAGCGCCAGUUAUACUGCCCUCGUCGCGUUCAUGGGCUUCAUCCUCACCUUUGCGACGCCGUUCAACAACCUUCUCUACGCCUGUGCCCCCUACGCCGCAUGGUGGCUCCUCUCGUCGUGCUACGCCCUCGCCCUCCUCACGACCCUCUCAUCGCGCGCCCUCAUCCUGCGCAAGAACUCGGCCCAGCCCGUACCGCCACACAUGUCGGAGCAGCGCAGCCCGAGGGCGCAGGCGCUGAGCGGCGUCGCGAGCGGCAGCGGGAGCGGCGGCCUCUCGGGCGCCGGGAGGGACCGUGCGGCGCGCGCAGCCGGCGAGGAGGCGGCGUCGGGCAGCGCCAGCGGCUCGGGCUCGAGGGCGGGCACGUCGCGCACGGUCGGCGAGCGUAUCCUCGGGCUCGGUCGAGACCGAGGAGGAGGCGGCGGGACGCCGCAGAGCAGCAGCGGCGACACGAUGUCGGCCUCGAAGCGAGCGAGCCCGCUCCCGCUGCAUGUCGCGACGCUCGGCGGCGUCGGGGUGCCGCGAGGAGGAGGCGAUGGAGGAGCAGACGGCACGAGCAGCGGGAUCCAGGUGGACCAGGAGGUGUCCGUCCACGUGGACGAGCACGACGUCGACGACCUUGUCGGACUCGGAUUCGUCGAGAGCGAGUUGCGCGGCGGGGCGAGGACGCCUCGACGGCGCGGCAUCGAGAUGAGCGCAUGCUAGAGCGGCGCCCGUGUAGCAGUAUAGGCGUGUAU